AUGAGCGAUCAGGAGCCGAGGACUCCUGCAAAGGGGGCCAGUAGGGCCGUGACUAGGGGAAGAGCGCCGACUAGAGUCAGUGCCCGAGGAGGCCGUGGUCGAGCGCCAGCACAGGCUAGCGCAAGUGGAAUGGUUCCACCUGUUGUAGAUGCUAGAGUAGCACCACCUCCUGUUGGUGCUGGGGCUCGAGAUCAAACUGCCGCCUUUACUGCCGCUGUUGGAGCCGCCGCCACUACUGCUGCCAACGCUGCCAUUGCUGCCACUGUACCUGCUGCCGCACCUGUAGUUGCACCUGCCGUCGCCCCUGUUGAAAUACUACCAGGAGAUGUGGCCGCUAGGAGGCCGGUUCACCAGUUAGUGGAUCAGUUCUUAAAGAUGAAUCCACCGAAAUUCAUUGGUAUCAGAGACCCUGAGGCCGCAUCUCUGUGGGUACAGGAUUUGGAGAAGGCAUUUGCACUUCUGAUGUGCAGUGAGGAGGAAAAGGUGUUACUAGCUGUGUACCAACUUCAAGGUAACGCCAAUAUAUGGUGGAGAGCCGCCAAAUAUAUAGUGUUCCCGGAAGGUGUGGUCCAAGUGUGGGACACCUUCCUCAGAGCCUUUAAUGAUCAGUACUUUUCGAGUACUGCUCGGGAACAAAAGAUAAAGGAGUUCCACCGUCUCCGCCAAGGGAGCAUGACAGUUGACCAAUAUGGGGUCAAGUUCGCAGAACUAUCACAGUAUGCUCGUAAACUGAUAGAAGACCCUGAAGAGAAAGCUCGGAAGUUCAAAAGCGGUCUUUGUGCUGAAUUGAAACAACCUCUGCUACCAUGGGACUUGAAAGAUUACAUAGAGGUUUAUCGUCGAGCCCAAAUGAUAGAGCAAGGAUUGAAUGAACAAGCUGCCUCGUCGGGAUCGAGAUUUGGUGUUAACCGGGAAGCGAUCAGGCAAGGGAAGAGGCCAAUGUCAGGGAACAGAUUCCAAGGUCCGCCUAGCAAGAAGGGUGGAUUUGGUAGGUCGAUGGCUGACAGAAUGGGACCGUGUCGCCUUUGUGGGAGACGACUUGGGUCAGCACCGUGUCCAACUAGGAUGGGUGUGUGUUACGAAUGUGGCCAACAGGGCCACAUAGCUAGACAUUGUCCCAAGAAGCCAAGGGGACAGCCGCAACUACCACCGCCACCACCACGAGGACAGAUCGGAGGAUAUGCCCCUCAGAACGUGCCGCGAGGAGGACAGCAGAGACCUCCAGCUCAAGGCACGAUUUAUGCAAUCACACAAGGUCAGGCGGAAGCUGCGCCUAACGUGAUAACAGGUAUGGUUUCGCUCAACGACCAACCUGCUUAUGCUUUGUUUGAUCCGGGAGCAACCCACUCAUUUAUUGCCGAGCAGUAUGUUAAGUUGAUAGGAGUUAUUACAGACGGUUUGUAG